AUGUUUUCCUUUCCUACUUCCCUCUUCUUUCUUUCUUUCUUUCUUUCUUUCUUUCUUUCUUUCUUUCAUUAUCCUCUCUUUCAUUCUUUGGUUGUUUGCGUUCUCUCUCUCUCUCUCUCUCUCACUCUCUUCUUUCUUUCUUUCUUUCUUUCUUUUUAUUCUCCUUGCUUCUUGCUCUUUCUUUUUUCUUUUCUUACAUUCUUUCUUUCUUUCUUUCUUUCUUUCUUUCAGUCUUUCUUUCUUUCUUUCUUUCUUUCUGCUUUUAUUCUUUUUCUUUUCAUCCGUUGUCAUUUAUUUUCCUUUCCCUCGUUUUCUUUUUUCUUCUUCUUAUUUUUUUUUUAUUCUUUGUUCUUCACUAAGGUUUUCUUUCAUUUCCUUUCUUUCUUUUUAAAUUAUUUUAUUUCUUCAUUCAUUUUUCAUUUCUUCUUUUCUUUUUUUUUCUUUUUUUAUAAUUCGCUUUCUUUUAAUUUACUUUUCAUCCUGUUUUUUUUUUGUUUCCCUCUUUCUUUCCCGCCAAUAUUUGCUUUCAUAUUUCUCUCCAGACUAUAUCUACUUUUUUCCUUCGUUUGUUCAUUUUCUUCUUUGAUUUUGAUUAUUUUUCCCCUUCCUUUUUUUUUUCUAUCUCAGUUCAGGGAUUUAACUCAUUCCUCUCUCUCUUUUUCUCUCUCUUUCUCUCACUCUUUCUCUCUCUCUUUCUCUCUCCCUCUCUCUCUCUUUCUAUCUCCAUCCCUCUAUCUCACUAUUUCUAUCUCCAUCCCUCUAUCUAACUCUUUCUCUUUCUCUCCCUCUAUCUCUCUUUCUAUCUCCUUCCCUCUCCCUCCCCUCACUUUUCUCCUUCUCUUUCUCUUUAUUAUGUCUCUUGGCUGA